GCGACACUUUCCACGCUCGUUAACCAAAAAAGGAGAAGAAAAACAAAAACGCGGCUUCCAGUUCUGGUUUUAGACGACCUAAAUCUGUGCGUGAAUGAGUGUGCGAGGGUUGGGUCGGGGGGCGGCGGCGGCGGCGGCGGCAGCGGCGGCGGCGGCGGGGGACACCGUUGCCCCGUAGGUGUUGGCCGAAGAUUACGGGACAGGCUCCGGGCGGAGUGAUGCGGACGAGCCGUUAUCGACGCUUUUAUUUCCGCCGUAGCGGCGACCCGACAAUGGUCUCGGUAGCGGCGAGGCUGUGAGGGAAGCGUCCGCUGAAGUUGAACCCCGACGUCGCCUCGACGAUGGCAAAUAACAACGACCUGCCAAGUGACCCAGGUGGGCUGUCAGUGCUCCAGCAGCUGGGUCUAGACCAAAGCUCGGACUUCUCCGAUUCCAGCGUGCAGCAGCACCUGGACGAGCACCGCGAGAGGAUCCGCAGGGAGAUCCGCAAGGAGCUGAAGAUCAAGGAGGGCGCGGAGAACCUGCGCAGGGCCACCACGGACAAGAGGAACGCCCAGCAGGUGGACUCCCAGCUCCGUACCUCCAAUCGCAGGCUAGACUACCUCCACGCUCAGCUGCAGGAACUGGAUGCUCACAUCGUGGUCAAGAGCCAUGAUGACGUCAAAGAUUCUCCACAAUCACCGGGGAUGGUCAGCCGGACGUCGACCAAUCAGGCCCGCAUCGCUGCUUUGGAGCGGCAGCUGAAUAUAGAGCUGAAGGUCAAACACGGGGCAGAGAACAUGAUCCCCAUCUACGCCAAUGGAGCCACCAAAGACAAGAAGCUUGUUCAGACUGCUCAGCAAAUGCUGCAGGACAGCAAGACGAAGAUCGACAUCAUCCGCAUGCAGAUCCGGAAGGCCAAGCAGGCCACGGAGCAGUCUGAGGAUAACCAAGGUAAGCCGGACCUGUGUGGGGUGGAGCUGCGUGUGGAGGAGCUAUGGCAUCACUACCGUGUGGAGCAUGCCAUGGCCGAGGGAGCCAAGAAUAUGCUGCGACUGCUGGGAGCUGGCAAGGUCCAGGACAAGAAAGCCAUUGCUGAGGCGCAGUGCGGCCUGAGCGAAUCGUCCCAGCGUCUGGACCUGCUGAGGGGCUCUCUGGAGCAGCGGCUGCUGGAGCUUCCGCAGGACCACCCGAAGGCCUGUCUCAUCAAAGAGGAGCUCGUCCUGGCCUCCUCCUCAGCCUUCAGCUCCCGCUACGGCACCCCCUAUGUUCAUAACCAGUACAGCACCCUCAGCAAACCCUCACCACUCACCGGUACCCUACAGGUAUGUUUGCUGGGCUGUGUGAGGCUUUUGGAGGUGGUCCCGGGGCGAAGUCGAGGUACCCCAUUGGUUCUCCCCUCCUACACACAAGGUGACGGACGGUCCUCCUUCAAACUGAGCGGCCUCUACAGCCGCAGCACCAGCAGUAUGAGCCUCAAGAUCCCCGGCAAGUCUGAUGAGCUGUCUUCCGAGGUGAGCGCCGUGCUGAAGCUGGAUAACACGGUGGUGGGCCAGACCGGCUGGAGGACAGCCGGAGAGCAUGCCUGGGACCAGACGUUCACCGUGGAACUGGAGAGAUCUAGAGAGAUGGAGAUAGCAGUUUAUUGGAGAGACUAUCGCUCGCUGUGUGCUCUGAAGUACCUGAAACUGGAGGAAUUUCUGGACAACCAGAGACACCAGGUCCAGUUCGAGCUGGAGCCACAGGGGCUGCUGCUGGCCGAAGUGACAUUCUUCAAUCCGAUCAUAGAGAGAGGGCCCAGACUCCAGCGGCAGAAGAAAGUCUUCUCUAAACAGCACGGCAAGGCCUUCCUGCGUGCCCGUCAGAUGAAUGUGGAUUUGGCGACCUGGGUCCGGCUGCUGAGGAACGCCAUCCCCAGCGGAAACAACGCGGCCACCUACACACCCAGCUUCACGAGCAACACGCUCACGCACACGGCGGGAGAGAUUUCUGUGGAGAAGCUGAGUCUAGACAGUGACUCUGCUCCCAGACCGGAGCUCAGGAGAGAUGUGGUGGAUGCAGCCCUUCCGGAACCGGCGCCGGUGAUCGAGCCGUUACCUCCUCCAGAUGUCCCUGUUCACGAGAAGCCGACCAGAUCGCUGUCCCAGAACUCAGUCUGCAGACCAAGCAGGGACCCUUUAUGCCUCCUGGAUUUCAAGCUGAUGGCAGUGCUGGGCAGGGGCCACUUUGGAAAGGUGCUUCUGUCAGAGUACAAGAGGACAAACAGCUUGUACGCCAUCAAAGCCCUGAAGAAGGGGGACAUUGUGGCACGAGAUGAAGUAGAAAGCCUGAUGUGUGAGAAACGGAUAUUUGAGAUCGUGAACACCUCCCACCACCCCUUCCUGGUCAACCUGUUGGCCUGCUUCCAGACACCUGAACAUGUAUGUUUUGUGAUGGAGUAUACAGCCGGGGGAGAUCUCAUGAUGCACAUACACGCCAACGUCUUUACGGAGCAACGUGCGGUGUUUUAUUCAGCCUGCGUGGUUCUGGGUCUGCAGUUCCUUCACGACCAUAAGAUUGUGUAUCGAGACCUUAAACUGGACAACCUGCUGCUCGACACAGAGGGCUACGUGAAGAUAGCGGAUUUUGGGCUCUGUAAAGAAGGUAUGGGCUAUGGAGAUAGGACCAGCACAUUCUGUGGUACCCCCGAGUUUCUGGCUCCAGAAGUGCUGACGGACCCAUCGUACACCAGAGCGGUAGACUGGUGGGGACUUGGGGUACUCAUCUAUGAGAUGCUGGUAGGAGAGUCGCCGUUUCCCGGCGACGAUGAAGAGGAGGUUUUCGACAGCAUCGUGAACGACGAGGUGUCCUACCCACGCUUCCUCUCCACCGAGGCCAUCGGCAUCAUGAGGCGGUUGUUGAGAAAAAAUGCAGAAAGACGUCUGGGCUCUGGACAGAAGGACGCAGAGGAUAUCAAGAAACAGCCUUUUUUCAGGGAUAUGGACUGGGAGGCUCUGCUUCAGAGGAAGGUGAACCCGCUGUUCGUCCCCACUAUUGAGGGGAAAGAAGACGUCAGCAACUUUGACGAGGAGUUUACCGCAGAGCCGCCCGCCCUCACACCCCCCCGCGAACGCCGCGCGCUCUCCCGCAAGGAACAGGACUAUUUCAAGGACUUCGACUACGUCUCUGACCUCUGCUAGGGUCUGGAGCCGAGGGGGGAUCGGGUGUUACCAGCUUCUCCCCUGCCAGCCCUGGGACUGUGAACGGAGACUGGAAACCGGGAAGCUGACUUCCUGUGCUGAAAGAGUGAGAGGGAGUUUCGUUCUCUCGUUGUGUGUCUCUCUCUCCGUCUGUCUGAGUGAGGUCUGGGAUGAAAGACUGGUCAGGUUGAGAUGCUGCGCGGCAGAUCGGUGGAAUCAGCUUGGAUAUGAUGCCGUGUUGCGCACAUUCUCGACGUCACCGAUCUGCUGACCUCUUACAUAUCUGGUGCCGCUUUUAGAGGGGGUGAGAUGAUGGCAGUUCAAGGUAAUCCAUAUUAUGUAACUCUUAUCAAAUGGAGGAUGAUAGAUCCUGUUGUUUGUGCUGCAAAGCAUUACUGCAAAGGGUUAAGCAAUGUGUGGCUGCCCCGACGAAGGAAGAGAUCCUAAGUUGCCUUGGAUCUCAGCGAGUCAGAGCUAUGGCGCGAAGCAAUAGUGAUACAAAGCGGUCAGAUAUGAACUGUUUUCUCCCGUAUUUCUCCUGCUGACUUUGCCCCGGUAUGUCGUCCCAUGUCUACGGUCUGUUGCUGCUGACUGUCUGUUGUGCUGUGUAAAGUGAAUUCCUGACCCGGCCUCUGUUUUAAAUGUGCUGUACCCCUGACGUCAGCGACGCUCAUGUACCAUCUGUACACUGCCACCUGGAGGAGCCAGAGUUAAGAUAUACAUUCCUGAUCGGUAGAGAGGUACCCGCAAACCAUUUCCAGGGGAUUGUGGGUAAAGAGAGAGGAAACGGUGCUGUUUGUGUGUCUGGGCUCUGUCUUACAUAGGAAACCUCUUUCUUGACUUGUGUGUAAAUCAUAUUUUAGGUACGCUGCAGAUUUUCAACUGUAAUCGUUUCUGAAUGUUAACCAGCUUUGUUUUAUGUGAUUAAUAGCUGUGUUUGUUCUGGGGUUUUCUUCCAUUCCUGUGUUUCCUCCUACGUCACUUGUAAAUCAUGCUGGUGAAAUGUUUUGGAAAAGUGACCCAGUAAAGAU